AAGGCGCCAAAUGGUAGUCAACCCAAUAUCAGGUAUACUUAAUUUGAGUGUUCUGCAGGAGAUUGGCGCGGGAGAAAUUUUAAGCCUCAAGUAUAUCAGUUCUUUAACUUUAGAAUUUUUACUAAAUAGAUAUGAAUUAAUAGAAGUACAGUGACAUUACACGACAGAUGUGAAAGUUACUUCAAAUCAGCUCAGCAAGAAUGAAUGUACCCCAAAACGUUUUAAUUAACUAGUUCUUAAUCUUUAAAGUCGUACAACACAAUCAGCCUUGUAUAACACAAAGGCCUCAUACAAGUCACCCGCCUAAUCAAGGCAAGGGCGCAAAACGAGUAAUGAAUGUUAACACACCAAAGGUAGAGUGGAUUAUGAUAUCAAUUUAUAUUUAAACGGUAGCUAAGUUAACGAUCAGAGUGACCACACGAAGAUUUGAAACAGGAAUUUGCUGCUUUUCAAUGCGCAUGUCUAGUGUAUGCCAUCAAGAGAUCAUGCAGUCGUUGACAACCUUUUUGGACAUUAGAACUUCCACUUUCUUAUCAAUCUUGUACCAGUCGUACUGUCCUUUCAAAAACCUUUCAUUACCUAUACUACGAGCAGUCUGUCUUUUUCUUAGCAGGUCAAGCGAAAGUCGCGAGAGUUAAAAGGACCACGCGCGUGACUGAAGGCUGCCGCCCUCGUUUCGCGCCUUACCGUUCGACGCUCACGCGCGCAUACACUCCACUCACUGAAUCUGAAGAAAAAGAGAGCCUGCUCGCAGUCUAUUCAUUACCUGAUAGACACUACAUUAAACACCAUUAGUUUGUACACUUUCCAGGCAAUCAGAAGAUGAAUUACUUGGGAUACUUACUCCCUGUAUGGCUGUUAUUGGCGAUAUGCAGAGGUCAGUGUUUACUAUUAUUAUUAUUAUUAUUAUUAAUUCAAAACAUUUCGCCGUUUCUGAUUGGCUCAAAUCCUCCGCCUGAUUCUUCCUAAACCAGCGAGUGUUGACCAAAUUUGGAAGAUGCCAGCAAUAUACCAUCAAUUCCAAGGUAUAUUUGCUUGGAAACGAGUUUAAACGAUGGUUCAAUUUUGAAAGCAAGGACCAACUUACAAAAAAGAAGGACCGGAUCCUAAUAAGUAAUGGUAACAGGACUCAGUGGAGUCCAAUUCGGUCUGUAACCAUACCAGUGAUUAACAAAAUCGGACGACCGCGUAGUCUAGUAGGCUGAUUUUAUAGUCGGGAAUAUGUAUUGAUGGUAUAUUUAUAUAUUUGCCUGGAAACGAGGCUGCUUGGGUCAUAGCCAACCAUUAAAAAAAUGCCGUUCAUGGCUAUCCGAAGACGAAAUAGUCGAAUUAUUAACUAAAACUGAACGGUAAGAAUAAAAGAGUGCCCAAAAGUAUUGCUUAAUGAUGUUGUCUACUUUCUGAAGAGUAUGUGCAAGAAAGUAAAAACAUCUGUUCAUAUCCGCUGAAACCAUGCCAGAAAAUGGGCCGAAGUUUUUUCAAGAAAAAAAAAUUGCACGAGGAGGUAACCUUGUUAAGAACUUUUGAGUAAAUAAUGAAGCAAUUUUGGAUUUCGGCUUUCGUAUAAUGUAAAGAAUUAUGCCAAGAGCCUUUACAUUACCCUUAGCCUCACUUUUGAAUAAUUGCUACUCCAUUAAUGGCGUCAUUAAAUUUCUAGUAUAGUAUAAAUGGCUUUGUCAGACAUUGUUUUUAUCUUAGAAACUUUGAUAAAAAAUGAGUCUUAUAUGAAGUGAUUCCUAUUCCACAGCUAAUGUUGUCACUAGAAGGGAAACAAGCCCAUAUGAAGAUUCAAUGAAGGGUAGCCAACGCCGGUCUGACUCGUCAAAGAGAUUUGAUGAUAUAGCAGAAGCAGUAAAAAGGAUCCAAGAGGAUAUGAAUAGUAACCGUGAGUGCAUUAAUUCUUUACGUUUCAAGAAUGCUCAACCUUAGUUUUCUGUUAACAAGAUCAAUCACGUCAAUCAUAAUAACGAGAAAAGCUUAUGAGAAUUAAUAAAAUGAUCGUCUGAGGGAGAUGCUUGCAAGUGAGGGAAAUGUAUGGAGAUCAAUCGAGAAAACUUGCAUGUCGUGGAUAGAGAUUAAAAUGGGUUAAGUUAUCAACAAUGGAUCUUAGUUGUAGCUAGGGAUUUUCCAGAGCUAAGUACCGUUUACCAAAUCUUCUCCACUCCUUCUUCCAAUGAUUCCCACGCGGGUUUAUAGUAAGAUUAAAUACAGUUUGCGUCUUCAUAUGAUCAGUUUGUUGAAGUAGGGGUGGGGUAACAUAAAGGGAUUCUUUAAUUCGGCAAUCCAAGCAAGCUGUUAUUGCCUUCUUAAACAUUUUCUUUUCUUUAAGAUAUAGUGCAAACAGCUGUCAGCCAACGACCUCAGCACGAUGAAAAUAAGGCAGCCGUUCAAAAGAAAAACUCAACGUCGAAAUGGAAUGAUGAGGUACGUUUCUCUUUCCAUCUUAAUUCUUAAAGUGCGGACCACCUUGUCAAUGAUUUCUGCAGCAGUUUAAGGACAUUUUGCUAAAGGUUUUUCGUACAAUUCAAACGAUCAUAUGUCUUUAUUGUGAGAAAAUGUGGAAAGGCAACUAACGCAAGUCUUCAAGGCUGACUUCUGAAAACACAAGAAUUUGCUGAAAGCUCCCAUUUACUUCUAUACCUCUUUGCCCUGUAUUUAUGUAAGAACUAGGGGCUCUGCAAGACAUUGAAAUGACAUUUGAUACUUCCCUAUCUAGCUCAGUCUAAAGUAAAGAUUUAUCAAAAUUAUAAAAAAUUUCCAUUCAGAAGCUGUCAGAGAAAAAUACUAAGUAAAAAUAAAAAAACCCUCAUAAGCACACUUUAAGUUUUGUAAUUUGUUAUGUAUCACUGCGAUUAAAUUUUUAGAACAUGAAUAACAAUCUUGGAGAAAAAAUGUUAGAGGCAGGGGUGAAGUUAUUGUCACGUGAGCUGGAGAGGAAAGCAGAAAAAGACGGGAAAGAAAAGGACGAUUCUAGCUCCAAGGUAACAUUCUAGAGGGUCUCCACGGUUCUUCAAUCCCGUGAUUCCGACCUAAAGUUUCGUGCAAUCCCGUAAUCGCGAGGGUAUUUUUGGCAUCCCAGUUCCCAAACAUACUUUCAAUCCCAAAACUCGCCCUGAUUUUGCUUUCAGAUUCCUAAUCCCGAGCUUCAAAUAAGGGAAAUCCUGUGUCCCCAAAAACCUUUUGAGGACCCUCUUGCUACUAUCUUCUCUUUCGCCCUUUGUAAGGGAAUCUGGAUUCCGCAAUCCGGAGAAUUUUUGCAUGUGGAAUCCGGGAUCCGGGAAGGUUUUUUUCUUUUGAGAAUUGAAAUCCUGGGCUUUCGAAUCUGGAAUACAGCUCAAGGAUUCCGGGGUCCCACUUAAGAUUAGAAUACGGAAUCAUUUCGCUGGAAUACGGAAUCCAGAAUAUCCAAGACUGUCUUACAUUCCCUUACAAGGCCGGGCAAUCUCUUGCUACAAGCAUGAAGUCAAGAUGGCUGGAUAUUGGCUAAGUACGAGGCAAAUAUUUAGCCAUUUUGAGAGAAAAAGCUUGGUCCUUAAAAUUUCUUUUUUUAAAUGGCUAAAAGAGGACAUUUUCUUGCGGGGCCAUAGCGGGAAAUGCCGAACGGAUAGCCAAUCAGAAGACAAUGUGCAACAAAAAUUAUAUUGACUAGUAACCUGGGCCAAGAAUUCAAAGUAAGAAUGAAAGUUAGUACUCUCGGGCUAAGAUCACGUCCACGAAUUAUCUCCGAGAAUUGAUAAACUCGAAAUGAAUUCCUGCUAUUGAAUUCAAACAGGAUAAGUUUUUUUGAUUUUGUAAUUAAAAAGGAAAAAAGAGGACUGGAAAAACGAGUCAAUCCCGCGGCUGUGCAAAUGGGCGCCAAGGCUGGAGAGAAAGCAGUGGAUAUGGCAGGCAAAAUGGCAGAAAAACAAAUGGAAACACUGGAGGAACAGAAAGGCAAGGUGGACCAAUUUCUAGGCGAAGAGGUAUGCAUGGAGUAAACAACUAAUGCAUCAUUACUUGAAAAUGCGGUGCAUUGCCUAACUUAUUUAUUUUUGAAAAGUGAUCCAGUUUUUUUACGGAUGAAGUACGGGCUUAUCCUACGUCACAGGGUAGUUUUAACUACUGACCUGUUAACGUAGAAUAAGCCCCAACUAAAAUACCUAUGCGGCGUCUUAAAGACGUAGUCAGCCUUUAUCUCUGGAAGUCGGGUACAUUUUACUUAAGUUUUGCUCUGGAGCAGAGUCGACAUUUGGUCCACCAUAAUACCUGAUUACUCUCGAUCAAGCUGACGUGAUGUCAGCAAGGGGUAGACAAAUUUGCAACAAUUAUAAUAAUACGUAUUCUUACUUGUCUGGAACAGGAUUCUCAUUUUUACAAUAAUUAUUAUUUUCUGGAACAUGGCGGCAGAUUCAUCUCUUUAUGUCUGUCGGAACCGGUCCAGAGUCUUGAAAUGUCAGCGGCACACCCCAUUAUAAAUUCAGGACAGUACCCCCACUGAGGAUGUGGUCCCUUGAAGUCUGCCUGCUGAUUGCUUCUUCUGAAAAGGUAACUGUCUUAUUGUCUGAAUACGUUCUAAAAUUUUUUCUGCCUUAGAUUAAACUGGACAUUACUGGAGAUAAAGGAUGGCAAACUGAUGAUAUGUUCAUUCCUCCUGGGUACCACAUGGAAGCAAAAAUUCAACCAGAAUCUAAACCAGCGCCUCCUGUAAACGGAAUGCAGCCUUUCACUUUUCCCUUUGGCGCUGGAGGUAUGAUUAUGAACGGAUGUUUUGGGUCUGGGUACCAACCGGGUGACCGAUGCUAUGACGCUACCUGGGCAACGACAAUAUGCUUGGUGAGUGAGCUGAACUACAUGUCAUGUGUCUUUUAAUGAGCGCUUCGCGAAGUUAUUGGCUUUAGUAAAGCUAACCUGAGCCUUACGAAAAGUAAUCCGAAUUUCGGAGUAUGGGAAAUUUUGGCUUGUGGAAUCCGUAAUCCUAGAGUUUUGAAAUUCUUAAUGUAGCUCAAGGAAUGCAGAAUCCGCCAGCUAGCGAUUGGAAUCUGGAAUACAAGUUUCACUGACAAGGAAAAGGAUCCAAAACAGUGUUGGUUUACCUUACUUGGGGGUUAUACAGUCACAAAGUGCGAAUGGUCUUGGCCAAUCACAUGAUUUCUGCAUGCGCAUUUGCACGAGUUAACAACUGCAACAAAAUUGACGAAUGGCGACACAAGGAGUGGGAAAAUAAUGGCAAAUGCAGUUGACGGCUUGUUUUUAGCUCAUUUUCAAACAUCCAUGAGACGCGCCCAACUAACCUUGCCAAAUGUAAACAAGCCUUUACUGUCAGUCUUUGGGUAAUACUAACGAAAAUCAUUUUUUGCCCGUUUUUCGCACAGGACUUGAUACCGGGAGCAACUUUUAUUGGAGUUGGGUUUGACGGUCGUGGAGAGUACAGCCCAGAUUCCAGCAAAAUGGAUCUCGUACAGAGAGCUUGCAAAAGGAAGCAAAGGUGAGUAAUUAAUUACAUUAUUUAACUAGUUUUUCCUCAGUCUAUGAGUUCUUUGACACCGAGAUUCACUAUAACGUUGCAAAUAGACAAACCAAAGCAAACAGUUCCUUUAAAUCAUGGACAGGCGUGUGUGAAAAAAUAACGACCUUCUGAAAGACGCAAAGAUCAGUGUUUGCAAAGCUGCUAUACUGGUUACCCUGAGUGUGGGUCGGUGGUUAAUCUGCCGUCGUGCGCCUUUUAGGGUUUGCACGAUUCUAUCAAUACUCCCUCAGCACUAUCCUUGACAAGUGAGUUUAUCAUCACCAUUGAGUUCUGGAGAGGAUCUCGGGGAGGGGAGAAUUCAGUUGCACUAAACUGGGAAUGUUUCUGAGAUAGGCAACCAUCACCUGACCUAGGUCUUUUGAUGUGAGGUCCAUUGGACACCGCAAUAUGUCUAGAAUGUAUUGUUCUUCACCAGUGUUCACCCAAAACGUAAGAGACUUUUCUUUCCUAAAGUCUUCGAAGCGAAUAUUUGAUGAAACUUUAUGCCUCUUAGGUUGUCCUCGUCGUCCUGAGAGAUUUUCAUGUAGUCUAUGUUUACCCUUCGCGUUCCAAUUUUCAAACUCCACUCACUUGUUUUCGCACUAUUUCUCAAAGUGCGAGACUGCACUGCGUAAAAAGGGUCAACUUUAAUACUUUUAUCACUACGCCUAGUCAUGAAUUCUACAUUUAUUUAAGUGCUCCCUGUGCCAUUGUUUUCAUUGUAGAUACAACGGUAAAAUGAUUCCAGACACCAUGAAGCUAUUGGGAGUUUAUGACACCCAAGCAAAUAUGCAGGUAUUUUACAGCCGGUCAGAAUACCAAAAAUAUUUGGAACAACAGUCUGGUGUCUCUGGAUCUGGCUUUGGCUUUUAUGGUGGAGUAAAGAAAGCUUGGGGAAGCUCAACAACUUCAGGAAAGCAGAAAUAUCUCGCAGUGUUCGACAUUGACGUUGACAGGUAGGCUUUAAUUUUGCCAGGUUUCUAUAGAUUGAUUGAUCAGAAUGUCCCGAAAGAAGCGUAGGCCUUUGUUUAAUGCUAUCCCAACUUGUGAUUAGUUUUAUAUACUGUAACAAAUUAUAAAUCCAUUGUCACUCUCUGUUGAUCAGGUACGAGUUAUUUAUGGAUGUGGUUACACCUGACAAUUUGAAUAUUGGAUUCCUUCGAGAAUUUAUGAUGCUACCAACGUCGUACUACGAGACUGGAGCAGCCAUCAAAUUCCGUAAGUUAAAAAAAUUCCACGACAUUGUUCAUAGACCUGAAGUCAACCGAGAUCAGUCAAGAGGACUGGUGAAUUGCCAACAUCUUAAUAUGUUUACACCAUCUCCAAAAAGUAAUCAUUCAUAUAAAUCCUGGUUUAUGUUGCAGAGGACUUCAUUCAGCGGUUUGGAACCCACUACAUCAAGGCAGCUCGUUUUGGUGGCCAGCUAGAAAUACGCAAAAGCAUGGAAGCUAGUGAAGUAGCAAGUAAAGAAGAGUUCAGUGAAGUCAUGGAAUUUGAAUUUAAAACCUUCUUUGCGAGUGCUGGCGCUAGAAGCAGUGACAAAGAAGGGGAGCGUGCCCGAUCCCAGACAAAAAAGUCUUCUACUUCAAUGUCAGUGCAAGGUGGAAAUCAGGAAAUAGCGUCAAUCAUUUCCGAUGUUUACGCGCCCACAUUUAAAGCUGAGUUCAAGCAAUGGCUCAAGACGAUUCCACAAUUCCCCAAAGCCUUCAAAUUUACCAUUAGUCCAAUAACAGAUUUGCUGAAUUUCCGAUCCUCUGACCUUUUUCCUGAAGAUGCGCCAAGUUUUGGGUGUGAGGCACACAAAGCUGAGCUAAAAAGAGAUCCUAAAACAAACAAGUUCUAUUAUAACGCAACUGUAAAUGGAACUGUUGUCAAGGAAUUUUGUGAAUAUCUUAGUCGAGAAGCACUGGAGUAUUCCAUUCGUCAGAGGCGAACCUCGCUUAAGCGAGCGAUUGACGUGUACAUGGAAGAGGUAAGAUCCAUAGGGGUUGGUGGUUGAAAGAGGCCUGUCGCGAACACUGGAAAAACUGGACCUUUUACAGGGAUAAUGAAAUGUCUGUAAUUUGUAAAUUUAUAGACUUUAUUUUUAUAAAGGUGCAAAUCUUCCCCUCCUUCUCACAGGGCAAACAAAAUAUCUGUAAACUCAUUUUUCAGACAUUUCAUGAAUUUAUUUUAAUUUUAUAUGGAGAAUGGUUAUGAUAAGUCUGUAAAUUUUAGCUGCGGAAUGAAGUAGUGGAGGAUAGAUGUUUUGGCCCUAAUUCUGUGCUUAAGCCAUUACGUAGUGCUUUUACUCAUAUAUAGAAGGUAUCAAACAAAUUGUGUGAGGAAGCUUUUAUUUCUGUUUUGGUGAUUUUUGCAGGAAAUGGCAUUAAAAUUUGAAAACAUUGCCACAAUUUUUUUCAAGUUUCAAUCCAUAUCCAUCCUUGCUACCUGUAGCAACAGAGGACCGAAAGCAAUUUCAAUGCCCAAAUAUAGUCUUGAAUAACAAAACUGGACCAGGGGAUGGCCUCCCACCAAUGUGGCCCGGGUUCAAAUCCCGGCGUCGACGCCAUAUGUGGGUUGAGUUUGUUGUUGCUCUACUCCGGUUUUCCCGUCUCCUCAACAACCAGCAUUUUCAAAUUCCAAUUCGACCAGGAAUCAGUUAGACGAAGAACCACUUUGUGGAUGUGCUACCUCAAAAUCAUUAUUUAUUUAUUUAUUUAUUUAUUUCUGAGUAUUUCAAUUGAUGGGAAGACACUUUCAAGUUUCUAAAAAAUAUAGCAAAUAACGCGACAUAGCUCCUAUUCCCUUCUCUCAUAAAGCAUAAUAAUUAAAGGUAAGCCUCUGUUUUUUAUGGUUUUAACAGGGUUCCAUUUCAGUAUCUGACAUAAGUCUGCCUGCUGGAACACCAGGAUGUCAGACGCAGAACUACAGGUAUCAAGUAAAAGCAGGGAGACCAACGUGGAAAGAGAUGACCGAACAUACCACAGCAUUUAAGACCAUAUUUAAGAUGGACAAUGACCUGGCUGGCACCUUUCAUGGUAUGGUGAAAAUACCUAGCCAUCUGGAGAGUAAUGUAAGGUUCAUUGAUGGAGAAUGGGUGGUUAGCAAGGAUGAUUACAAAUUCGACUUCUUCAGUGGCUGCAAAAGAGGUGGCAGUGGUGAUGUCAAGUCCGAUGAACAUUACAUCUGCGUUUACGGAUUAGUUCUAAAAUACGACGAAAAAAUGGGCUCCCUUAACCUAGAUGAACACGGCUUUAACAUCUCCAAGCAGACCUUUAAAGAAUUAGAUCCCAAUCUGAUUGGCGGCGAACUAGCUCGAGUAGAAUGGCCGGCUGAACACAUCUUUCAGAUGAGCGAGGUUGUGGGUUAUUUGCCUUGCAACGUGAAAUGGUCCAAUGCUUUGCGAUUUGACCCUAGAGGUGAAGGGAAAUGUUUACAUUUUACAGCUUCAACGAAGGGAACAAUGUUUGUUAUUUUCUCCGCAAUUCCCAAGGACAAAGACAGCUGGUAUUAUGUGCAAAUAUCCCCCUAUGGAGUUGGAAUAUUCAGGGUAAGAACGAUUUGUUGGUAAUUUUUUAAUCAACCUCGUUACAAGUUCUUGUAAGCCGUAAAUUCUCGAAUUGGGGCCCCUACUCUCGACACGCAAAAGUAAUCAGUACCCUGCUGAUUUAAAUGAAUGACGUCACAUCUCUUUGUGGCCAUUUGUGUCAUCGGACAAUUUAACGUUAUUCCAUUCAUCUGCAGAAGUAGACCAUAUUUUUCUGUUUAUUUUCCUUGUUAUUUUAAUAAGCAAGGUCUGUUAAUUACCACUCUUCACGUUCACUAAUACAACUGUAGACCAAACCUGUUGUGUAAAAUGUUUAAAGCUUACUUUUCGUAUAACUUUCCCUUCAGUCACAAACUCUAAAAGUGUCUAGUGUGGAUGUCGAUGCUGUUGGACUGGGAGAUGAAAUCUUAUACCAGCCUUACUUCGUUUGCAUAAAACAAGAUGAAAAGACCACAGUUAUUGAGUAUGGAAAAAGCCAGGGUACCACUGAAAAUGGAGAAAUCUAUCUUUCUAUGAUUGACAAAGAGAGACCCCUUCACGUACGAUUUUAUGCAUUUGGAAAUGGCGAGGAUCCUCUGGAAGUGACAGAUGCCCAUAUUCUUAAACGCAGUCUUACCAAGGCAGAGUGCAAAGGAGAUACCCACAAGGACCAAGAUAGUGAUAUGUGUGUGCAGAAAUGCCAUGAGAUGUGCGACCCAUUAAAAGGUUGGCCUUUUGGCUUUUGCACACUUUUUUGAAAUUUUGAGUCGGGAUAAAGGUCAAUUAAUUGUAGUAUUUUUGGAUUAAGGUUUACAAGUAGACUGACGGAGCUGGACUAAGUGUUCGUAAACAUUUAUCGCUACUCAAAGUUUCGUUCUUCUUGCGAGGCAAUCAUCCAUCAACUAACAAAAGUAACCUACAAUUAUAUAUAUGGAGACAAGAGCCAUUAUGGCUCUUGACUCUAUGUAUAGGCGUGGCGCGUGGCGUUUGGUGCGAAAAUGUUCAAGACCACUUAGUACAGCUUUAUCAGUCUACUUGUAUUCUGCCCUAGUUUAACUACUGAGGACUCUCAUAGUUGAUGUGGUCUCACUUUGGUACUCCGUUAGAUAAAGGUUUAGACAUAUUAGGAUAGAGAGCUAUAAUAAUUGCACCUCCAAACAACCAGGUAGGCCCUCUAAAGCUUGAAAACGUUUUGUAACAAAUAGUGGCCGAUAGUUUAGGCAUUCCUCGUGCGUGGUGGCAAAUUUUACACCCACGAGAAAUGCGCAGUGUGUAGCUGGCGGGAUCGUCAGUGCGUGCAUUGAGGUAGAGGAGUUGGCAGGGCAGUUGCGAAGCCGGGUGGAGAAUGGCGAAGAGCCGCUUCGCCGCCAAAGCUCUCACGGGCGCAGACAAAGUGAUUCUGCCAACAACGACUUUGGGGCAUUUUUAACACUGCUAUUCGCAAAUAUUAUUUGUGAUUAGCAAUAAUCAAACUUUGGCAUUAUGUUCAUUCGUCGUCAACGUUGCUUUUGAACGUUUAUAGGCGGAAAUUGAAUGCUUCUUUAUCGAAGAGCUUUUCUGUUUAAUUCAGGAUGCAGACGUACUACAAGUGGAAGUCCAUUGCCAACAGAUUGCAACGCCUGUUUGUUCUUCAAGCGAGUUGAUAAUGGAGAGUGUGUGGAAAAAUGUCCUGAAGGAUUCAAACCAACGGACAAUACUUGCGUUCCAAGUGAGUCCAUUUAUAUAAUUUACUCUAGUAAUAAAGCCAGACUAUCACCAAAUUUCAGGUCUCAUAUCUCGCUUCAGAUACAGGCAGAUUCAUUUGGCAAAUUUUCAGUUUAACUUUGAAACACAUUAUUCAAUAAUUACAACAAAAUGUUGAAGCAAAAAAGUUUUCGUUGACUUCAGUUAGAAAAGAACUAUGAACGGAAUUCGCGAAAUGUAUUUAAAAAUAUUGUUCUGAAAUAUUUCGGCUUUAACGCUCAGCGUUCAUCAGCCGAAAGCCCGUUGUUGCACCGCAUUCACUUGACCACAGGAUAUUCAUGUGACAAUAGCUGCAUCGAAGAUGUUUGGUAGCUAAAAUGAUUAUCAUGUACCCAGAGAGGGGAGGCAGACAGAGACAAAAUUAAUCUUAGACGAUCCCUUAUGGGUCAAUUGAAACUCGGGAUUCGGGUUUUUAGGGGACAAUCGGGAUUCGGGAUUGAAAGUAUGCGCGGUAGGUGGGAUGCAAAAUAUAACCCUCAGGAUCCAGGGAUUUAAACUCGAGAUUAGUAUUUAAUUUUGGGUCGGGAUUACUGGAUUGAAACUCGAGAUUCGGGAUUUUAGAGCAAAAUCGGGACGAGAUUUGGGAUUGAAAGUAUGCGCGGAAGGUGGGAUUACGGGAUAGCACGAAAUUUUGGGUCGGGAUUACGGGAUUGAAGAACCGGUAUUGAAAACUCUCAUCUUAGUUCCAUGAAAAAACUAAGCUUGUUUUAUAUUGUGAAAAAAUUUCAGGGGGUUGCCAGAAAAAUCCUUGUAUGAAUGGUGGAUCAUGCAAAGAGUUAGGGAACGAGAAAUACCAGUGUCUAUGUGCAAAUAAAUACAUUGGGGAUCACUGCGAAUUAGGUUUGUGGUUUGUUUUAUCUUUGACGACAUAAAGGUAUAAAUUUAAUAUAAGUUCAGAGGUCACUAAAGUACUAAUCCUGUGCAUCCUUUUCAUCGCCACAAAACUCGUCAAAUAUUGUUAAAGCACCAGGCUGAAACCGAGGAUUUUUCAUGUCACGAAUUCUCAACCAACCUAUUUAACUUUUCCCCGAGUGUACUUCUCCUCUCCUUUUCCAAUGCUCAAAUUCGGGUAUAUUUGCAAUUACUAAAAACUAAAGCAUUGGAUAGUGCAAUUUAGAGCUCUGAUUGCCUUAGUCAUCAUGGUAUAUGAGCCAUUAUACCAUGCUCCCCAAAUAUGGUAACUGAACACGUCUGCUCAAAAUUAAAAACAUGCUUAAAAUCGGUUGUUUUUACAAAUAAAGUCGCGAAGAAUUCUCUAUAUAUUUUGUGGGCGUUUUUAAUAAAACAAUUAUUCCACUCGCGCUUGUUGGAUAUGAGAUGAUUAUCGCCAACUCGUCGGAAUAAUUGUUGAAUGCGUAAUGCGUAAAUAAACAUCGGGUAGGGCGUAACGUGAAAAGUGUUUCAACAAAAUGUGACGAGUAUUGUAACUUUCGCAGCAGGCACAGUAGAAAACUUUAAGGUGCUUUUCCUUCUCUGGCGCGCGCAUCGCUCAUUUCGCGUGCAAUAUUAAGCUCCUCUUAUGUAGGCUAUUUCAUUUUCAACAGCUCCUUAUUAUAUAAAGUCCUGGCUGAUUAUUUUCUUCUGGUUGUUUUAGGAGGGAGGGAGUGUAACCCCCUCUUUUAUCACGGGUAAAAGACUCUGAUUAGUAAUUCUUUAGCUUUGUCUUGUUUUUAGCUGCUAAUCCGUGUCAGCCGAACCCUUGCCAAAAUGACGGCACAUGUGUGGAAAACAAGGAAAAGCCUGGAAAUUAUCAAUGCGACUGUGCUGAAGGAUUCAGUGGUGAUACCUGUGCAGUUGGUAGAUUGACAUGUUAUAUGAUUUUAUUUUGACUUUAUUUUUGUGGACUUAGUCCAAAUAAUUUAAUCCUUUAAACUUAAUAUCAAAAUAUCCACCCUAACAGCAGAGUCUCUUUUUGUCUUGUGCUAAGCCAUUUCAGUCGCCGCAGCCAGAAUUUCUGGUCCAGGCUAUCUUGUUUUCUCUCGUGAGCAUUUUUUUCCUAGCGCAAGAAUCCGUUUAUUUGGUCAAAAAUUAGCCUGUAGCUGCCCCUCACAGAUAAAAAAAAAUCGAUAACUGGGUUCAUGACAAAGGCGAGAGGUCCUUGGCUUGUCACAUGGAAAAGCGAGAAAUCCCUGAGUUUAAGACCCCGUCCACCCGUAUCCUGAUGUUUUAGAAAAGGAGAGUAUUUCCUUAAACUACAAAACAGUCCGUAUUUUUACGUAUUCAAGUAAGCGCGAGCAGUCAAACAAAAGGUCUGGAACGAGGCUGAAAACGGAGAGUGAGACUGGGGAGAGACACUAAAAAUACGUUUUUUUUGUCGCCUCACAUGCCCGUAGGGCGUGUGAGGCUCGCGCGCUUCGCGCGUGUAAGACUCUAACGCCACACUUUACCGAUUUCUUUACUGAUUUUGAGAGAAAAACCGACUGUUUUGCAGUCUAGUACUUCCUCCGUUUUAGCCCUCCUUCCACACACAAAAAGAGGCUUAGGUUCGGACCCCAGGGUGGAGAUUUGUCAAAAACGUCGGCUCCCCUUUUACGUGUGGACGGACGAAAUCAGAGGUUUUCUAAUUUACACAUGAAGUCACCAAAAUUCAAACUAAGGAGUUUUCGAUUUAGUUCUGAGUUUCGACUUUCAUGAGGUAUUUUAGCAACUAAAAAACUAUAUUCAUACAAAUUUUCGGCUCGAAAGGUUUCUUUUGUUUGCAAAAGAGGGUGCUCCGUGACGCGGCAUUUACCGUGCGGCCGGGAAAGUCCUCAAAAACAUAACCGAUUUUUUGAGAUUUUGUCAUCUAAACAUUCUUUGUCGCAGAAUAAACACUACUUUAAUCUUUACGAGUUCUUCAAGUGAUGAAUUCACGCUUUAGUUUGUAGGGAAACUCAAAGACAGAUGUUUCUGCUGGUUUUUGGCCGCCAUAUUAGUGUCCCUAAAAGGGACACCAAGAUGGCGUCUCCAUACAAACGCUUUUUAAGUUUGGGUAAAACAUUUCCAAACACCUCGCAUAUGAAACAUCGCAUAGACCUGAUUUUUGGCGAGGCUUUUGAAGAUAUUUAUCUUCUUUUACUUCCCAGAUUCUAAACUUUCCGCAGGGAAUGGUUUCCAUUCCUUAAUUUUUGAUGCCGUGACAGUGAAAACAGAGAAUAUGAUGAAAUACGUCAUAUACUACUGGUAACACGGAUGCUGGCUAUCGUAUUUCUAUCAUUUUAGCGUUUUUGUCAUGUGCAUGUGCGAAAGCGGUUCGAAUACGCUACGAGUGGAAUGAAACGGCGGCCAUGUUGGUGUUCCAAACUAUUCCCAGUGCUCGCUGGCCAUUUGUUGUAAACUUUCUUGCUUGCCUGCCUCUCCAAGGAUUUUCCAACACCUAAAAAGUGGUAUAAUUGUCCAUUUUUAACGGAUGUUUAUCCCAAAAUGGUCACCUAGAAUUUUCGGAAAGCCUUUUUCCUGGCUGAAAUUUUCGAAAAGUUUUGAUCCCUAUAAUUUUCGUAACACUAGCCUUUCAGCUAGGAAAUCAGAACAGAUCAAAAAUUUUUUAGGGGAUAAAAAUAUGCCUAUAUCUACCGUUUAAAUACUAAAGUGCGUUUAAUUAUGCCAUGUUUAAGUGGCUUUGAACUCUAUUGUCGUUGGGUGCCCCUGGCUGGUGUAAUACUGGCCUUAAUACUUACCAAUUACUGGCGAUAGCUCUAUUUCGUGCGGGAGGAUUGGAUUCAUGCGCCGUCCAAGCCUCUUGUAUUGUUGGGGGUGGGGUUGGUCUACACUCGUUUUGCUUAGGGGGUCGUUUGCUUGACCCUCCCUUCCCCCUAUUUUUUUAUCUCAUUAUCGCCUUCUCGCCUGCGGACUCGCAUGUCCCUUAACUCAGCUCUGGAGACCCAGGUCUUUGUUAAGCGAGCGUCCACUAGGAAUAGAAAACUAAUACUGUGGUUGAUCUUCUUAUGUAAACGCUUUCUUUUGCUGCAAUGAAUUUGAAUAGAUGCUGGCACUUAAGUGACUGAAAACGCUCAAUAGCUUCGUUUUGUAAACAAUGAUCAAUAUUUUUCAAAAUUUACAGAUAAAUGCCCGGAUGGCUGGAAGGAUUUUGAAGAUUCUUGUUAUCUGUAUGUUAAAACAAGUAAAAGUUUUAAGGCGGCAGAGGAAGAUUGUAAAAGAAAGGAUUCCAGUAUUCUUGUUCUCAACUCCAAAGAAGAAGAACGGUUUAUUAAGAAUGAUGUUGUCGGAAAAUUACCUAAGGAUACACAAGUGUGGCUAGGAUUGAGGUUAACAUUCACAGACAUUGAUUUUUAUGGAAGGCGUAAAGUGGUUUGGAAGUUGCUUGACAGUGACGAAGAAGUCACAUACAACAACAUGGAUCCAUCGUUUGAUCACGCUUUAGGUCAACGCCCCUGGGGUCAACACCCUUAUGCUGAUAAAUUUUGUGCAACAAUGAUUAAUGAUGACGAACUGUGGCUACCGGCAUAUUGUUCUCAAGAAGGAACUGUCGUGUGUGAACGCCCAGCAGCCCAGUAAAGCCUAUGGAAGCUCCUAUUAAGUCGGGUAAUAAAAAACACACAAUUUAUUUAGCAGCAUUUCACAGGGCACAGAGAAGUUAUUUGUGACCUGGAUUGCAGUUUAAAAACUUCAAAAAACAGUUUAUGGCGCGAGUCUCCUACAAUAGAAUUUCGAGUAUGAACCUGUCAUGCGAUCGUGUUACAAAAAUGGUAAAAUUUUAUUCAGUGGUUGGCUAGCCUAUGUGGCAAGUGCUUCCGUGUGGUUUCGGAGCAAAUAGCCUGCGUGCAGACGAUAACUAAACUCUGAUUAGUACCGUCUGCGAAGCAGCGCAGAGAUCCUUGUUCUGGACCCCCAACGGACUCAACGAAUUACCGGAAGUGCGUUUCGAAUUCCCCUUCAACCUGAUUGGUGAUCACGACAAACAAAACAAAGGCCUUUUUUAACUGGCCAAUCGUGGCGCGUACUCAAAUCUGGGUACACAGCUGGAAGUCCAGAACAAGGAUUUCGGCGCUGUUUCGCAGAUGGAGUUAACCAGAGUUUAAUUUCGUCUGCGCGCAGGCUACGGAGCAAAGAGAGACGGCGGAACGACGAGGAACGGGAUUUUCAGUGUUGGCCGCUCGAAAAAUGGAACGAGAGCCAAAAAGCGGUCUUUGACUCAAGGUUCCUUGUUCUUCGCUCCGAAUCCGCACGGAAGCGGUUGCCACGCAGACAACGAACGAGGCACGAAAUGCCGUUUUCCGGAGCAUCGGAUAAUAUUUUUCCAGAUUUGUAACACGAUCGCAUGACGGUUUGAUCAGUCUACACAAACAAAGGGGACUCGCGAUCAGGGUCGCAAAUAACUCCUCUCUGCUGUGACACCCACGUUCAAACCUGUGUUGAAACACUGAUGAGUUUGACCAGGUUUUUUCAGAUUUUUUUUUUUUUUGCAAGUUGCGUAAAUACUGACUUCUGAUUGGAUAAAAUUACACGGGAAUCACGCCAUACACAAUGGUUUACAUCAUUUGCUGCAAAACGCAGCAACAUGUACAGAUUUUACUUUUUGCCACAGCGUUUUGUAGCCUGCAACAACCUGAUUUGUUGCAAUUCUAAGGCAACAGACCCCAUAUAAUUAUUGCUGCGCAUAAAAUUAUCUAAAAGCAGUAACUGUUCGUCAGUAGGAUGCCUGAAAUGUGUGCAACUCCACAACUGGUUUCGGCGCCAUUAAUCAGUUAACUUGACAGAACUGACGUGACGAUUUGUGAGUUGUAGAACGUGCAAUGCCGCGUUAAUUAUUUCUUUGCCGUCACUGCAAAUGUGGGGUUUUCUGGAAGACAAACACGUGCACAAGGACGAGGAGUUCACAAUUAAGAGAGGAAUAUUUGCAUUGAAGUUUUGAAGGAACGUAAAUUUACUUUAAGAGUGACUUUUUGCUGCUGAGGUUGUCUCGAUAGUGAGCAUGCACAACAGGAUGGAGAAGGAAAGAGGACGGCAAACCUUUUGGGGGGAAACGUGACAAUAAUUUUGUUUGAAAUAACUUUUCGCCAAACUUCCCAUUCCUUUAAACAGAUCUUUUUUUAAAGACCAGAAAACGUUUAUGUUAGUUGAAGAACACGCACGUAAUGGCCCUGUCAUGUUUGUCACGCCCAAGCGCUCCGUCCUGUUGCGCAAACUCACUCAGUUAGGGAGCUUAAGCAACCACGACGGCGACGGCAACGAGAAUGGCAAAAAGCAAUGGGCUUAGAUUGGCAAAACAACAACUUUGCACGUGCAUCACGCUUUUUUGUUUAUUUCUUAUCCGUCGUUGCACGACUACAAAGUGAAAGUGCUUCAUUUCACGUUUUGUCGAGGACGGGAACACAAAACAACUUUACAAUUCAACUCGAAAAACAUUGCCAGCAUUUGACGAAUUAAACGAGAUGUAAUAAGCGUGAUAAAGUUUGUAGGCUCGAUUUCCACCGUCUCCCGGGUCCGGUCUUUGAUCCUCCCCGAAGAGAGACGGGGGAUGAGUGUGGGCGCAUUUUCCCGAACAGCGGCUGGUAAUCGAGCCUAUAAAGUUUGAGGCAGAGCGAAUUCACAUUUUAAGUGACGUUUUCGUAGCCGUCGCCGUUGUUAUUGCUUAAGCUCCCUAUCAGGGACCUUAAGAUCCGACGACGGCGACGGCAACGAGUACGUCAAAAAAGCAAUAGGUCUAAUAACCAAAACAACAACUUUGCGCCUGCAUCACGCUUUUUUGUACAUGCCUUUGCCGUCGCUGCACGACUACGACGUGAAAAUGCCUGAUUUCACGUUUUACAGAGGAAGUACAUAAGAGACGACAAAAUUUCCCCUCUCUUUCUAAACUUGGAUAUGAUUCUUAGGAAUUCAACUUUAGGAGGGUUCGCCUACAUCUAAAAAAGUUAGUGACUUGGAGUAGUCGCGAUGAACAUUGAAGGAACGCGAAUUCACUUUUUCAGCGACGUUUUCGCUGCCGUCGCCGUCCUCGGAUCUUAAGGUCCCUAUUGCCGAUCCGACGACGGCGAUGGUAGCCUGGUCAGACCAGACUCACAGAUAGUAGGAAAGAGGCAAAAGUAAAAGGCCCCUGGUCUCCCCAGUUUCCUCCCGUUUUAUUUUCGUGUUCGCGCUUUCUCAUUUCAGCGGACCCUACUAUCUCGGAGCCUGGAACAAGCUGUAGCGACGGCAAUGGGGACGUCAAAAAGCAAUAGAGGAGAAUGAAUAUAGCUAUAAUGAGCCUCUCUGUAUGGGUACCUACGGAUGUUGAUUUCGUCGCGCGUUUUCCAUCAAAUUGUCGUUUUUUCAGGGGAAAUCGUCGCGUAUCAAGAAUUGUUUUGAGUGGUAACAAUACUGGCGAGCUCAAGCACCACAACGACGUCGACUGCAGAAACGAAGAAAAUAAAAUAAUCAACAACAAGAACUCUGAACGUGCAGAUUUCUCUGCUCUCUGUUGCUAAACUUGAUUAGAAUCAAUUACAUCUCGUGGCGACUUUGAUUUGUAACGGAAUAUCACCCAUACAGAGUUUUCUUAGUGCCGGCCAUGUCCGUUUUCCGUUCUCCCUCUUGGUUUGCCUCUACAGCUUUUCUUAGUGUCAAUGACAAGCAUUUCAGUUUAUCACUUUCACAAUAUUUUCAUUACAGCAAAGCACGUAGUUAGCUUGUGAUUUCAGUUUUUGGUGUGAAAUAAAGCUUGUUUGAGUGCCUUAGAACACUUUCAGUCUAUGAUUGCUCUCAUGUAAAUGAUCGUUUGUCCACAAAAAGGACUCGUGUACAAACCCAGCAUUAGAUUGCGAAGAAUCUGACUAACUGAACCUUCUCGCUUAACUUUUAGAUAGGUAAAUUCAAAUGCCAAAAAUAUACCCAGCAAAAAUUGUACCAACUAACCCCCCCUCCCCCCGGGAAACGUGCGCAUGGUUAUUUCAUAUUAGGUCCUGGAGCCAGGGUAAGAGAGAAAAUGAACCAUUCCCCUUAGUCUGAGAGGAAGAAAGACAAGGAAGGACUGCCGGAAUUAACCGUAGUCCGUACUACGUAAGCGUCAAAAAGUCAGCUCUGUCUAUCUUUAGGGUGUCAUCCUAGUUCCCAGAGGUCCGUUCUCAAAAUAAACCUUGCAUGCUCGCGAUUUGAUAAAGCUGUAAGAAAAAAAAACCCUCUGGAACCUAGAGGUAACAGGGUGCAAGCUGUGUAAGUUCCACAUUUCUAGUUCAGAGAGGAAUCAAAAUUAAUCGUGCUGUCUUCAUGGAUUAAAAAAAUAAUAAUAAUAAUGAUAAUAAUCACCGUAUUAUUUAUUUGAUUCUCGUUCGAGCUCUAGCUCAAUUGCUUUAUUCUCCUUGAGGAGCGGUGGAAGAAAGAAGGCCAAAAAUGUUUCUGCUGAGUCGCCGUGAUUUCAACCAAAAAACUAACAAACAAAGAAAAACAAAAUAUGUUGAUAAAUAAAGUUAAGUCAAUAACAUGAAAACUAAGAGCGUAUUUCAAAUCAGAGCCGGUAUUGGUUUGUGAAUAUCCAUAAUCUUGCUGAAUCUUUUUCAUCAAUAUAUCUAUAUUUUUGAUGUACAUGAACUAUAUAUUUUAUUGUGAGAUAAGGUAGCAAGUGAGGCGCGUAGGUGGCACCAAUUAAGUGGGCUGCAUAACUGUUUGUUCGCAUCCAACAAGCGUAGAAAGAAUUGUUAUUAAAAACAAGUCAGGAAUAACGAUCAAUCUUUCCUUGGUAUUAUUUUGUUUUUAAGCAUCAAAAGACGAUUAUAAACGAAGGGGCGGCUUUUGCACGGACAUGGUACUGAUGGUAUGAGCCGUACACCAUGUCUAAACUAUAUCAUAGAGUCAGAGCUCAAUACUUUAAAUUACCUCUGAUCACAUUUUUCGGGGUGGAGUGUGGGUAGAGCUUGUCUAGCUAGACUAUAAUAACACUUACAAAGUCAGCCAACUAUAAAAAAUCAAGCUUCUGUAUCCAUAAUAGAAGCAAAUAACUUUUAUAUUAUAUCAACAACUUGUUGCUAAAGGUAACGGUCUAAGUGUUUACGUCGAGUGACAUACCUUGUCAGAUCGAUACGAGUAUUCAGUCGAUUGAAAGUAAGUUGUAGUUAGCACCUCUGCUUUGCAUAUACCGGCUUAUUUUAAGCAAUAUUUACCAAAUUUUGGACAUUUUACUCCUAUUAACUUAGCGCACAUUAAAGACUGGUGAUGACGUUUAUCAUUAAAUUAGUCUGUUAAAUAAAUCGGUUGAUAAUGGACUUACCUACUCUCAGGUUCAGUAAUCCCAUACGCUUUUCGGUGAAAUAACACUUAAACAGUGGUGGACAAAAUAUGUAGAUUGUAUAGAGGAACUUUCAAUUCUACUUCAGAUCGCAUAAAUUACGCAGUGUUUAUUCUUUCCGGUGACAUGUGGUUCCUUGAGUCAAUCAUGGCCAUUUCUUCAUCCACAUUUUUCCAGUCAAAGCCUCUCGAAAUAAAACGACCAUCUCUUAUAAGCGACGGUGACCACUUGAGGCGCUUUUAUUAGUUUCCAUUGUUUUCACCCACUUGUAAGUGACCACUUGACGCAUGGUGUGGUCUCUUUGUUUCUCUGUAUGUACUAUGCCACUAAGCGCAUACCAGGAGGGGGACUCCUCAUAUGAAAGGGGUGGGGAUGCUCGUCGUCUCGCUUAGGGGUGUAAAUUUCGGAUUUUGGUCUCACUUAGGGUGUUCUGGGCGAAACGCCAUAAUAUUUAGCCGUGAAGGUCUCGUUUAUGGUUCCCCUCGAACAAAUAUGAAAAUAUAUAUAUUGUCUGUGUUUUAACAUGGUCUCUUUUAGGGGUCAAAAAAAAAAAUCUUGGGCCACGCCCAGGUCGGUCUCUUUUAGGGGUUUAAUUCAAAAUUUCUGACGAGCAUCCCCACCCCUUUCAUGAGUCCCCCCCCUGGGACGCAUACAAGGAACUUUCAGUGACAACAUGAAACUACGCCUAUCAGGCGUAACUAAGAAAUUGCGUACAAUAAGUUCUCUACCAUAAAAAAAAACAAAAGUAGAUGUGUCGGAACCUCUCCUCGGAAGAGACCCUUUGUGGUUCGAUUCUCGAAAGCGACGACCUUCCGUAAGCGACCACUGAUCAUGAAUCUCCGCAUUUUGGAGUGUCGCUUUAUACGCCAGGAGUACGGUUACGUAUGUCCUUAGUCUCCUGAAUUUCAAACCCGGUUGUUUCGCGUUUUUAAAGGGUAGGCCUUGCCCCUGCCGGUAUUUAACCCAUCUUCAUGCUGUUUGUCGCCAUUUCAUCUGUCUUUUGUUGCUGUUUAAAGGCCAUGUCGCGUGCCGGAUUUUUGCUCUAAAACUGGUAAUUGCGAUGAUCAUAUUUCCAAUUGGGUGACCUGUGCUCUUUCACACUUUAUCACCAUUGGACUGGAACUGACUCGUGUCUCUGUAUUGGACUCACGAAUACGAACAUUCGAAUUUACAACCCACAGUCUCUUCAAUGAAAUAACACUUUUAUAGCGGUGGAUAAAAAACAUUGCGAGAAAUGUUUGAGGAUAACUACUGGGUACAUUUCGCUGGUUUAUGUUAAUUACCAGCUUUUUCGGUUCAAACCACGCUGCACGUUCUUGGUUAAUUGUUUUGACAUCACCGUCAUGCACGAAUUAAAGCGAAGUGAGUCUAAAGUGAUUUUAAAGUAUUAACAACCUCUUGAAAGACUUUCACCAUAAGUACGGCCUUGCUGACCUUUAUUUGUUUUGCUCUCCUGAAGAUAUCAGUUUUUUCGAGACAGCAUACAAGUUCACGCGUUGCUAAUUGUUUUCUUUUUUAUGAUCACGCGAUCUCACUAUUAGGGAAAAUAUAUCUAAAAUAACUUCAUAUUUAUUCUUUAAAUAUUUUUUGACGCUUAUUGAAGCCCAAGUUUCUGCCUAGUCAUUAAUGAUAUCGCUUUAAAUAUCGUUGUCAACUUGUAUUCACGUUUUUGGGAGUCUUGCAGUUUUUGUUUUUUACGUUGAAAUGAUGGAUGAUACUUUUUAGGAAUUAUUGUGUAGAAUACAUUUUCCCAAGUAAGAGCCAAAAUUGCAUAACAAUGUCACGAUUUUCUAUCCGUAAAUAUUUUACGCAUGACGAGGCUUCGUUUUCGUUUCAGUGAAUAGCCCGUGUUUGGUCAAAAACGAACUGAAAUUUUUUUUAAUCUUUAUUACUCUUUUCGAAAGGAUUAAAAAUGAAAACAUCACAGUUUCUUAAAUACAAACAGCUAAUAUAACGGGACGGAUAUAUCAUGUACUUCCCAACGAAAUAAGAACUGACGUCAAAGGUGAGUAUAUGUAUUUGGGGGCAAGGGUGAUUAUUUCAGAGGAAGCUUUCUAACCUCAUUUUUGACAUCGUCUGGCUAAAGGCUCCAGUUAUCAAGUAAAAUCAGCGAGUGCUAUGACUGUUGUAACUACAUUGAUUCUUAUUUUUUAUUUUCGGCAAUUGUACACAAGGCAAUUAAGGCUAACCGGAAAAGGAAGUGACCGGAAACUGCUCGUUUUCACGUUAAAUUGAGCUGGAACGUGAUUGGUCGAUGAUGAGUCACUCCACUGUUUAUGAUGGGGACGCAUGCGUCAAAAAAUCUUGAAGCUUCCUCUUUGCCAGGAUUGUAUUAGAUUUUGAAUUGGAAGGGAUAUUAUUUUAAUGUUAAAGACGAUUUAGGAUCUUCCUUUUUGUUUUGGAGCCAAUCCCUCGUUGCUGACAUGGAAGAAAGAAAGGAUAUUUCGCCCAUCGAUUGAACAGCAGCGAAUUAUCAAAGCAAGACUGAGGCGCACCUGUGACUCAAUUGAAUGACCGGCUUUCGGUGUUCAUCACCUUCCAGUUAAAUGUUUUUGAAGACAGUAAUUUACAAAGCAUCAUGAAGAAGCAGUCUAUUCUUAAAAGCUAUGGCACAGACUGAAAAUCGAGGUAAGCUUUACUUUGUUGCCGAGAUCUGUCGUUAACUUCGUUAAAGAGCCACUGUCAUUCGAAGCUUUGUUUUUGUUGAAGUAUUCCCGGUCAAUCUUAGGCCCAUGUUGUUGUAAAUUUUAACACAGGAACUAUUCUUUUUGUCUUCUUUGACCCUACAGUAAAAAUCUUAUAUGUUUUCUCUCUGCAACUAGGAAAUUUCUGAAUAUUAUGUCCUUGAGUUUACAUAAGACUGUGAAGGUGAAUCGAGAUGUGUCGACCCCUUGCGAUCUGCCUGGCUAGCAAUAUCGAAAUUGGGCUUGUGUUGUCGCCUUUAUUUUACCUAUUUGUGACUACCCGUUCAGCUGACAUAAACUUAAAAAUGAAGUUUAAAAAUGUUUUCUAAAGUUUUAGAAGAUGUCAAGCCUUCCAGUGCACUUGAGAACGGUUUUGUUUUGCCUUGGGGGCAACCAGCUGACCGACAAACGUCGACUGCUGCUUGCGAUGUCACACCUGGAGAGUUUGUGUUGAGAACUUUAUUCGCAGAAUUCACUGUUCUCGCGGAAAAGAAGAUCGAAACCGUUUUAACGGAGCCAUUGGUGAGUUUGGGCUUUAGGCGAUGUCUGCUUACGACCACGAUCGGACACAUUUGCUCUAGCUGUGUUAACUAAUGUUUAUAAUUACUGACCUUUAUUAUCUGUGGUGUCCGAUUUACGAAUAAUUGAUCGCUGUUAUAAUGUGGAAUCGGUUUACUUACAAAAUGGAAGGUGUUUUGAAUAAAAUCUUUUAUUGGUUUUGCUCCUUAUGUCUCUGAAUAAUUACCACUGUGUGCAGAACAAUAAGAUGACCCAGUCUGAGAAAGAUUUGAACCUUUUUAUUGUUGAUAGACGUCAUCAAAACUGUACACGGCCGUCAAUGAACAAGUCUGGUGCUGUAAACUUGUAAAAGGCUAAAAAAUGCGGUAUCUUGAAUAUAUUUCUUUGGGAGAGUUCAGUAAUCUCGUGACAAAAUACAAACACAAAUUAUUUUUUUUGGCCAUGUGUACACAGUGCUGGUAACUAGAGCAUGACAAAGGUCUUUGGUCAGUCAACAUGCUAGCUAGGUGUCUCUUCAACAUGCAUUUAGCUCAUGCUAGAAAUUGUCAACACAGUUUGCUUAUGAAUGUAGUGAAAAUUAACAGUCAGAAACCUGAAAAAGAGAUAGAUUAAGAUUUGAACAGUGUAAUUUUCUCAAUCAAAUGACAGCGUAACUUGUUGAAAGAUGUAGUAUUAACUUUGAGAUCACGUGUUGGCAUCUUUUGAUCUUUGAUUAAUGAUUCUUGUUUGUACUUUGUAUUGUUACAUUGUUCUAAUUGUUUGGCCGUGUGUGGCCUGAUCUUCAUAAAUAAUGUGGAAUUUCUUGGUUGCUGCAUUUUUUUAUUUGCUCUUGCAAGUGAUGCAUGGUUAGUGUUUAUUUUGCUGAAAUCGGAGUUGGCUGUUUAGCAUAAACAUUUUGUGGUCCAGAGAGAAAACACUAAAAAUAUUUAAAUAUUCGGAUAUGUUAUUGGUAAAAUCCAUUCUUAGGAAAAUUUCAGAUUCAAACUACUUAGAUGCUGGUUUAAACUGAGAAUGGAUUUUACCCACAACAUUAAGCAUGUACAUUAUUUAAAAAUUCAAUUAAGCACGAUGUAUGUGUAGACCAUGUUCUAUUUUUAGUAUUGCUUUGAAAAAAAUCCAAUGACACUCUUUCAUCUGUGCACGUUUUAGUCUUGAAAAAGUUAAAUUCUUCCUGAAUUAUCAUAAUUUAGAAUUUUAAGGGGUGAAAUUAAAUUGCCUCAUUCCUAGGCCUCAGACAUUGUCCUUUCACAAGCUUUAUGAAAGAUGGUUGUGAAACAAAGUGCAUUAACAUAUUACAGGUUAAACCUUUAAGGAACUAAGUUAUUGUUGCUGACAAUUCUAUUUAUGACUCAUCAGAAGCCUUUUUUUAGACUUUGGACUACUCAGUCACCCAAAAAAUCAUGAUAAAGUAAAUAAAUUCAUUUAAGUCUAGGAGAGAUUAUAAUACUCCAUGGUUUAAGAGGAAUACUUGCAUUAACCUACAUUAAUUUGCUCAGUUAGCCUGAAUAGACUAUGUCCUAAAACUUUGAUUCUUUUGCAAUGCACAGAUAGUGCCAGGGAAUUAACUUGAGUUGAUAGGUAUUAUUUUCUGAAUUUUGUUUUAAAGAUGAAAAUAAUUCCAUUGUGUUUACUAGGAAGCACCUUUUUUUUAUACACGUCAAAACAAUUCUUUGCUUUGUAUUGCAUAGACUAAUAUAAUAACUUGUUUCGUGACUGUAUCCAUGGCCUUGUCAGUCAUUGUCAAUUUAAUAUUGAUCAUGAAAUAAAUGUUUGAUGUAACAAAUCAAUAUUUGAAAUCAAGGAUAGAGAGAAUAACCACAUUAUAACGAUUGCGUUAUAUCUUUUUGUUAUUUAUUGUGGUUUCUAAGUGCAUUUAUAUUACAGGGAAAUUUAACUGUCGAAGUGUGUAAAACAUUCAACAUUUUAGUACAUUUUUUCUUCCUCUUCCUUCUUUGAUAAAUAUUAUUAAUCUUGCACUUUUGGAAACGUUUGUACUCUUCCAUUAAAGGUUUAGUCUUCAAGCUUUCCUUUCUAAAAACUUUGUAUUUAUGUACAAAUUGCUAUUGUAAUUGAUGAAGAAGCAUAUUAGGAUUAUGAAAUUUAUUUUAUUUUUGAAUCUUCACCUGCCUUAUUUAUCUUGCUAUUUUAGGUGGAAGUAUUUUUAUUGUAGAUCAGUGUAAUAAUACAUAAGCUUUCAUUAUGCAACAGUGGAUUUUUUGAUAAUGGAAGUUCUUGUCUCCUUUCUAGGAAAGACCAUUGUCUAAAUCACUUCAAAGAGGAGAGGAUGUUCAGUUUGAUCAGGUAAAUAAAUUCAGUGUGUAAUGUUUUUUACUAGUAAUUAGACACUCAACACUGUAUAUGUGGCUUGCAUUUUGGCUUGCAUUUGUACCAGAAUGACCCAUUUGUCAAUUUUUAUCUACACGUAAAAUGUACUGUAAAUACUGCACUGAAUCACCAAUUUUCAUGCAUUUAAAUCCAAUUUAAAGGAGUUGACAACUGAGAGUGCCUUUAGAGCCUGAGGUCAGCAGUCUUUGGCAUGCGCAUGCCCAGUAGCUGGCUACAUUGAUCAUGUGAUUCAUUGGCAUGUUCAGUUUUUUUGUGCUAGGUUCUGUCAGCCAUUUUCUCCCCCCCCCCUCCCCUUAGGCUUUGUUGGUUUUUUUCUCCACUGAUGUUUUCAGUGUAAAGGGUGCCUGUUCCUUUCCUUUCGUGUGGGGGCUCAUGGCUGGGUUGCGCUGUUGUGCCAGUCAUGGGGGCAUUAUUUCAAUCUAGGGGCUGGCUGCUAAUAGUGGAAGCCCCUGGAUACUCCAGGCACCCAACCUCCAUUUUAGCAAUGCAGUUGUUAAAUAACAAGAAACAAACAAAAUGUAUUGACGCUAAAGUAGUAGAAACAGAGUAGUAGUAAUGGGGUGUAAUAGUGGACACAGUGGUAGUUACGUAUGGUCGGACAGUGGAACAAUGGCACAGUGUCACAGUGGUCGUAAAAUAUGGUGGGACAGUGGAACAGUGGUGCAUUGUAACAGUGAUAGUAUCGAGAGAGGUGGAACAGUGGAAUAGUGGCACAAAUUGUCACAGUGACAUUGAAGUGUGGUGGAACAGUGGGACAGUGGCACAUAGGUUCUUUGUAGUUAUGAACUGAAGUGAUGGUGUAUUUAUUAGAUAAACAUUAACAAAUUGAUGAACCCGGUUAACACCAAAUAAUGGUAAGCUGCAUUGUUACUGGAUCCUUUGUCAACAGAGGUGACCCAUUCUUCUCUCAUCAGAGUGUUACCUGGAUAAUGUUCAGAAAUAUCUGACUCCCAAUUGUCUUUCAAAAGAAUAGGUUCAACUCUUCAACAUUCUUCUUGUCUCCACUCAGAUGUACAGAUGUACACAUAAAGCAGAGAUGCCAAUCUUUGGAGAUCUAAAAUCUGGAGGCUCCUUUUUUUUCACUACCCCCUGGAAUUUCAAUGCCCCCCCACCAUGGCAACUAAAAUGGUCACAACUUGUAGGGUUGUAUAUAAUUCUCUUCUGAUUGGCGUCUUGACUGAUUGGUGUAUUUCAGCUGCUAAGUUCACUGCACAUUGUCGCAGAAUACAGUUUGCCUUCUUUGCUUAAAACCUUGUUCAAGUGGUACGAGAAACAGGUAUGAUGCUUGGUUGUUAACAUCUUUUGAUUCUGGAAAAUAUCUGUUCCCAGCCCUGGGAGGGUCACUGAAAAAUCCUGAGGGGCAGGGGGAGGGGUCUCAAAGAACCAAAGAAACUAACGUGAAGAACUAAUGAGGGUGGAGUGGGUAGGGCUCAAACCAAAAGAAACCCCACGUGGGUGGAGUAUGGAUAUUUUCUGGAGCAGCAAAUUGUUGAAUUAUUUUUGUUGUUCACUGACUGGCAUACUAAAUGUGUACCUUUUGUGUUUUUGUUCCUUAGCAAAACAGAACUGGUGAGGCAGAUUUACCAGAUGGACACAAAGGCAAAGUCAACAUCACAAAACCAAAAGGGUAUGCUUCAUGAAGUUGUUGUUAGAAACUAACAGCAAUCAUUUUUCAUUAUUUAGUAAACAACAUCGUGAUUUGUGUUGAGGAUUCCUCUAAUUGCAUGUAUAUUAAUGCGUUGUACAAGUUUCCCAUACAUAUGUACAUGUACAUUGAAUUUUGCAAACUGAAGGUGUGUGUGGUGUUUGGUAAAAGUGCAGUACAGGCCACGGGCAAUGCAGCACUUACACAUGCAUAAAUUGGGUGCAAUAUGGUGGAAUUACAUGCAAAAUCCACACAAAAAACUCAGGCGUAAAUUUUUAUGUGACGUCUUACACGCAGCUUGUUAUAAAUGCAUGCAAGUUGCUUGUAUUUCUUUACAACAGUUAAUGGCAGAAGCCCAUGAUGGCUUAUGAAAA